AUGGGCUGUGUGUUCUGCAAGAAGUUGGAGCCGGGGACCAAGGAGGAUGCUGGCCUGGAAGGGGACUUGAGGGGCUAUGGGGCUGCAGACCGCUAUGUCCCUGACCCUACUCAGGCCCGGUCUGCACCCCCCUUUGCCCACAUCCCCAACUACAACAACUUCUGCCCUCAACCCACCAGCCCCAACUUCCUCAGUGGUGGCACCAGAGGCAUCUCAGGGACUGGGGUGACCCUGUUCAUCGCACUGUAUGACUAUGAGGCCCGGACAGAGGAUGACCUCACCUUCACCAAGGGCGAGAAGUUGCACAUUCUGAACAACACUGAAGGUGACUGGUGGGAGGCUCGGUCCCUCAGCUCCGGACAAUCUGGCUACAUUCCCAGCAACUAUGUGGCCCCUGUGGACUCCAUCCAGGCUGAAGAGUGGUACUUUGGAAAGAUCGGGAGGAAGGAUGCAGAGAGGCAGCUGCUCUCCCCAGGCAACCCCCAGGGGGCCUUUCUCAUUCGGGAGAGUGAGACCACCAAAGGUGCCUACUCCCUGUCCAUCCGUGAUUGGGACCAUACCAGAGGCGAUCACGUGAAGCAUUACAAGAUCCGCAAACUGGACACGGGUGGCUACUACAUCACCACGCGGGCCCAGUUUGACUCCGUGCAGGAGCUGGUGCAGCACUACAUGGAGGUGAAUGAUGGGCUGUGCCACCUGCUCACGGUGGCCUGCACCACCACCAAGCCGCAGACGCUGGGCCUGGCCAAGGACGCCUGGGAGAUCAGCCGCAGCUCCAUCGCGCUAGAGCGCCGGCUGGGCAGCGGCUGCUUCGGGGACGUGUGGCUAGGCACGUGGAACGCCAGCACUAAGGUGGCAGUGAAGACGUUGAAGCCCGGCACCAUGUCCCCGAAGGCCUUCCUGGAGGAGGCGCAGAUCAUGAAGCUGCUGCGGCACGACAAGCUGGUGCAGCUGUACGCCGUGGUGUCCGAGGAGCCGAUCUACAUCGUGACCGAGUUCUUGUGCCACGGGAGCUUGCUGGAGUUCCUCAAGGACCAGGAGGGCCAGGAUUUGAGGCUGCCCCAGUUGGUGGACAUGGCAGCCCAGGUAGCCGAGGGCAUGGCCUACAUGGAGCGUAUGAACUACAUCCACCGCGACCUGAGGGCAGCCAACAUCUUGGUGGGGGAGCGGCUGGUGUGCAAGAUCGCUGACUUCGGCCUGGCCCGCCUCAUCGAGGAUGACGAGUACAACCCCCGGCAAGGGGCCAAGUUUCCCAUCAAGUGGACAGCCCCAGAGGCUGCCCUCUUUGGCAGAUUCACCAUCAAGUCAGAUGUGUGGUCCUUUGGGAUCCUGCUCACUGAACUCAUCAGCAAAGGCCGAGUCCCCUACCCAGGCAUGAAUAACCGGGAAGUGUUGGAACAGGUGGAGCAUGGCUACCACAUGCCAUGCCCCCCAGGCUGCCCAGUAUCCCUAUACGAGGCCAUGGAACUGACCUGGCAUCUGGACCCAGAGGAGAGGCCUACCUUCGAGUACCUGCAGUCCUUCUUGGAGGACUACUUCACCUCCACAGAACCACAGUACCAGCCUGGCGAUCAGACAUAGCCUGCUCAGGCAUCAAGCACCUCUCUGGCAGUGCCCAUCAACUGUUUCCAAUCCCCAGGGCUCUGGGCCCAAAGCCCCUGGGCUUGGCACCCUAUAGGGUUCUAGCAUGUCAGAGGAGGCAGGGUGCUCUUACACCAUCUAUGGCAACCUGCUCAUUUUAUAGAUGGGACAAAUGGAGGCUUAGAGCUCAUCCCUCACCCACUUUGGCCUCAAGCACUAUUUCUCCCCUUCCCACUUAGGCCCCUACAUGCCUACAGUCUCUCCCCUCCACUUCCAAAAUGCUCAGACCUUGUCUAGUUAUUUAUAAAAUUGUAUAUCUCUUCCUUCACUUAUCUCCUAUCCCUGCUUUCCUACCCUCCUGUCAUUCCACUCUGGUCUUUGCCCCAAGAACUUACCUUCUACUCUCAAUUCCCUUGUGCUUGUAAGUUGCAAAGACAGGGAAAGUCCUUGCUAAACCCCUUUCCUGCUGGGUGGAUGUUGUGUUCAGGACUGGGGUUCAGGCCCAUGUUUGGGAAAGUUGCUGAGGGCUCACCAGCAACAGUCAACAGUGUGUGUGUGUUUACUGAUUUUAUAAAUAAGGAAAAUGACAAUAUAAAUUCUUGAGCCAUGAAAA